UCUGCCUGCCUCUUUAAGAUUUCUAUUUCUUUACUCCAAGCUUUAUUAAUUGAAGGCACGUAAUCUUACUGAGACAGCAGAAGGAAUACAGAGAGAGCCUGAUCUUCUCUGACCAGAGCCAACCCAUGAGGAGUGAGUGCUCUCAGCCGCAUACAAAAUACUGUGGAAAAAAUGUAUGCCAGUCGAGAGGAUAUUGGGUAUGAUUUUGGAGAUGACUCAAAAGCUGGAAGUAAGCCAAUUAAGCCUAAUCCAAACAUUGAUGGAGGAUGGGCUUGGAUGAUUGUAUUUUCCUCUUUCCUUGUGCACAUACUUAUCAUGGGGUCCCAAAUGGCCCUUGGAAUACUCAACAUGGAGUGGCUUGAAGAGUUUAAUCAAAGUCGUGGCUUAACAGCAUGGGUUAGCUCUCUUAGCAUGGGCAUUACACUUAUUGUAGGUCCUUUCAUUGGUUUAUUCGUUACCAUGUGUGGGUGCCGCAAAACAGCAAUAAUUGGAGGGAUAUUGAAUGCCCUAGGCUGGAUAUUGAGUGCCUAUGCCUCAAGUGUGCACUACCUCUUCCUUACAUUUGGAGUGACAGCCGGCAUCGGGAGUGGCAUGGUUUAUCUGCCUGCAGUGGUCAUGGUAGGACAAUAUUUUCAGAAGAGAAGAGCACUUGCACAAGGACUCAGUACCACAGGAACAGGGUUUGGAGCUUUCUUAAUGACAGCCUUGCUGAAGUACCUCUGCAGGGAGCUUGGGUGGAGAAAUGCCAUGUUCAUCCAGGGUGCAAUCUGCCUGAACCUUUGUGUCUGCGGGGCCCUUAUGAGACCACUUUCUCUCAAAGACGUGAAUGAAAAGUAUGUUGUAAGACGUAAUAGUGAAGAUAAUCAGGCAAAAGCUCUGUCCCACUCUGCAGAGACUAUAAAAUCCAAUGGAGUCCUCAGUGAAGAACCAGAAAAAAAGGAAGUGAUAAAAAAUGAAGAAGUGCUUGAUAAUAUUAAGCACAUAGAAAUUGGAGGUAAAUCUCGGAUUGGAAAAAGCAUGUAUGGACUGCGCAUUCUUAAGACAGUGAGCCAGCUGACAAUUACAGUCAGGAAGGGCUUUGGAAUCUGGUACUCCAGUUACUUCGGAGCUGCAUCACUGUUCACCAACAGAGUAUUUGUGGCCUUUAUAAUCUGGGCUUUGUUUGCCUAUAGCAGCUUUGUCAUUCCCUUUAUUCAUCUUCCAGAGAUAGUCAAGCAGUACAAUUUAUCUAGUCAGAACAAUAUAUUUCCUUUGACGUCCAUUAUAGCAAUUGUUCAUAUUUUUGGUAAAGUGAUCCUUGGAAUCAUCUCUGAUCUCCCUUGCAUCAGCACUUGGAAUGUCUUCCUCAUGGCUAACUUUACCCUGGUCACCUGCAUUCUUACUUUGCCACUAAUGCAAACAUACAUUAGUUUGGCUGUGGUCUGUGCUCUAAUAGGAUUUUCUAGUGGCUACUUUUCUCUAAUGCCUGUUGUGACUGAAGAUUUGGUUGGAACUAAACACCUUGCAAAUGCCUAUGGCAUCAUCAUUUGUGCCAAUGGAAUAUCUGCAUUGCUUGGACCACCCUUUGCAGGUUGGAUCUAUGACAUCACACAUAAAUAUGAUUUUUCUUUUUAUAUAUGCGGCUCGCUAUAUAUGGUGGGAAUAUUAUUUUUAUUUAUGCAACCUUAUAUUGGAAAGAAAAAAUCACAAGAAAAAUCUACUGAAGAGGCACAAGUAUAGAAUGAAUUCCAGAUAUUUGGUUUUUUUUUACACAAUUUAUUUCUUUCCAUGUUUCUACUGCAUGCAGUUUAAAGCUGUUUUUCUUAAGGAACCAACCACAUUGAGCUGUGCUUAAGUACUUAUGUGAAAGGAAAAUGUGCACCAAAAUUAUGAUAAUUCAUUAGAAAUACGCUUUUAAAAUGACUUAAGAUCUUUCACUUCGGUACAAACAAAAGCACACUGGCAGUCUUAGAAUCGGAGCGAUGUUAGAAAUAUUUACUUUUGAUUCUCUUAACUUUUCAUCACUAACCUUUGGUGAAACUCCACUGACUGCAGUGCAGUCACUUCUGAUUUACACUAGUCCUGUAAGAUAGUUUUAUCGGGAUGCAAAUGAUUUAUAAAAAUCCGUCUACAGAGUAUCCUAUCUGAGUUAGAACAUAUAAGAAAAUGAUUGUAUUUCUUACCCAGCUAGUCAAGUACUGCUGAAAUGCUAGCACAGCACUUCAAUGAGUUCAGUGUAUGAAAAUUCAAGAUUCUGUGAUGCAAAGCUGAAGAAAAAUAUUUAUGUUUUUCUGAAAGGGCUCUCUACUUGAAUCAUUUUUUAUUUUUAUUUUUAAUUAUCAAGUGCGUGAUAAAUUAGCCAUCCUCAAUAUGUGGGCUGUGUUAUACAUGCUCUGACACUUAAUGCACCUGAAGGAAAGCAAACAGAAAAGCAAAACCAGAAAACUGAUGGAAAAUACUAAUUUGAUUCUUCAACAGAAAUGAUAAGCAGCAAAAGCUGAUGAUCUCUUACACAGUUCCACAUGCAUGAGUUACCACAUUCAGAUAGACUGAUUUCUGAUUGCAGGUUCAACUUCUCCAGCAGUUACUCAUGAUUUGUGUUGAUGGAAUUGAGAACAGAAUAUGGAACCGUGUAUACAGUUUUCUAGUUCUGCUCACUGAAAUUCAGCUCUAUUAUUGUGGACAACAUCCAACACCCAAUCCAACAUCCAAGUUGGAUUUCACUGUAGCUGUGUUAACUGUCCUAGAGCUGCUGAUCAUACCUGUAUCAGGUAGAGAUACCCAAGAUGAGAAGAAAAGCUUUCUGCAUUUACAAAUACAGAAAUUUUUAUUUAUGCUUUGAAAAGUUAAACUUGAUCUGACUCUUGUCUGCAGUCUUUUAUGAUGGAGAAAUAAUUUAUUUAAAUGAACAAUAGCCCCAUCAUUGUAAAACAAAACAAAACAAACCGGUAUAUUUAAGGGAGCAAAUGCUAUUGUUAUGGUAUAUCCAGGUUCUUACAGGUUCUUAAGCCUGCCUUGUUGUUUGGGACCUCACAGCGAAAGCAUUGCACCACAGACUGGAAAAUAUUUCCAGAAACAGUUUGACCUUUCUGGCCGCUGUCUGUCUGGGACAAGUAAGCUGUACUAAAGAAAUAGAGCUGGGCAAAAGUGCCCAAAUACAGCGUAAGAA